UCUAAAUGCUGCUAAUAAACGAGAAACGAAGACCCAAAAUCAAACACUUUAAUCCCCUCAUUUUAUGAAACCGCUUCUUCUUCUCCCUCCAACUUUUCCCCUCCAAAAUCAAACACUUCUGGUCUCCAACCUCACCUCCCUCUUAAAAUCAUGCACAAACCCAACACACCUCAAACAAACCCAUUCCAAAAUCCUAACCCUCGGCCUCAACCGUCACCCCUCUCUUCUCUCAGCAACCACUCUCUCUUACCUCUCCUUCAAUCUCAUCGACCCUGCUCUCGACCUCUUCCUCUCAAUCCCCAAUCCCUCAAGCUUCGUCCACAACACAAUCAUUCGAGCUUUCGCCAACAAUGGCCGGUUUAAUUGUUCUCUUCGGCUCUACUCUACCCUCGUGUCUUCGAACCUCCAGCCCGAUAAGUUCACAUUCCCCUUUGCCCUCAAAUCCUGUGCCGGGUUGUCGAACCUCAAUCUAGGAAAAUUAGUGCAUACCCACAUUGUUUGUUUUGGAUGUUGUGAUGAUUUGCAUGUCAAUGCUUCUUUGGUUGAUAUGUACUCGAAAGGCGGGGAUGUUGUGCUUGCACGUAACGUGUUCGAUAGAAUGCUGGAAAGAGAUGUGGUGUGCUGGAGCUCAAUGAUUACGGGAUAUGCCCAUAAUGGGUAUAGUACGGAGACCUUGGAGUUUUUUGGUUUGAUGCGGGUUUCAAAUGUGAUGUCGAAUCGGGCGAGCUUGUUGAGUGCUCUACUUGCUUGUGGGCGACUUGGGGCUAUAAGAAAAGGAGAGUGGUUUCAUAAUUAUGCGAUUAGGACUGGAUUUGAGAUGGACAUUUUGGUUGCGACUGCAAUCGUUGAUAUGUAUGCGAAAUGUGGGAGCUUGGAUUUGGCGAGAAUGAUGUUUGAUCGAGUGAAUGGUAAAGAUGUGGUUUGUUGGAGUGCGAUGAUAACGAGCUAUGGAUAUCAUGGGCUUGGAAAUGAAGCUAUUGCUAUUUUUGAUAUGAUGGUAGAUGCUGGAACUAACCCAAAUCAUGCUACAUUUACUGCUCUCCUCUCUGCUUGUAGCCAUUCGGGGUUAUUACAAGAAGGCAAGAAAUGUUUUUCCUCGAUGAAAUUGGAAUUUGGGCUUGAUCCCCAAUUGAACCAUUAUGCGUGUAUGGUUGAUAUUCUAGGUCGUGCAGGGAAGUUGAAUGAAGCUCAAGAGCUUGUAGAGAAAAUGCCUAUGGAACCAGAUUCUAGCAUAUUAGGGUCCUUGCUUGGAGCUUGUAGGAUUCAUGGUGAUUUAGAUCUUGGAGAAAAAAUUGCAGAUAAAAUCUUCGAGUUGGAUGCUGCUCAUGCAGGAUAUUAUGUCCUUUUAUCCAACAUUUACGCUGCGAAAUUGAGAUGGAAAGAUGUUGAAAGAGUGAGGAAAUUGAUGGUAGGCCGAAAAGUUAGUAAAGAACAAGGGUUUAGUCUGAUUGAAUUCAAUGGCAAAAUUUUCAAGUUUGGAGUAGAUGACAGGUCUCAUCCUGAGUCGAAAGAAAUAUAUUCUUAUUUGCAAGAACUAACUGCAAGAAUGAAACAAUUAGGAUAUGUUCCUCAAGUAGAACUUGUUCUUCAUGAUGUUGAAGAUGAAACGAAGGAAGCUGCACUGUCUUACCAUAGCGAGAGGCUCGCCGUUGCAUUUGGCUUGAUGAAAUUGAAACCUGAGGGUCCUAUUCGGAUAACAAAGAAUCUUCGUAUUUGUGCAGAUUGUCACAACGCGAUCAAGAUUAUUGCUAAGAUUGCCAACCGUUUGAUAAUUGUUAGGGACGCAAAUCGUUUUCAUCAUUUUGAGACUGGAGAUUGUUCCUGCAAUGAUUAUUGGUAACAGAUGCUGAAAUUAUCAUGCUACCGAGAGCAAAUUGUGAUAAUUAUGAGAGGUGGAUCCAGCGUGUCCUAAAGCAAGAAGAAGAAAGGCUAAAGUAAAUUAUACAGACUUCAGGCAUCUAAGAACAUCUUGUACAAGAAUGAUACACUUGAUUAUAGUGAUGGUCCAAUUUUUUUUUUCCUGGCAAUUGAAUGCAAAGAGGGCAUUGUAUCAA